AUGUUCCCAGAGUGCCAAGAGAAGAAGGAGAAGGAUGUAGUUUCCUCUGUGGCAGGGGAGAUGGAAGGGCAUGUAUCAGCAGAGGCUUCACUGAGAGUGAGAUUUACCAGCUGUGGAAAAGAUCAUUUUAGGCAGAAGGAGGCAUGUAGAGAAGAUCCAAGAACUGACAGAGAUACCUUCAGAGAACCUCAGGUAGCUCUGUUUGUACUGGAGGAGAAUGCCAUGCGGGACAGGAUUCUCUUCCUCUUCUCUUACUUCCUCUUUGGAGCACCCUCCCACCUUUUCGAGGUAGACAGAGAGUGCAUAGAAGGGCUGCGGGAGCAUGACUAUCUUCUGAUUCAUUCUUGCCGGCAGUGGACCACCAUCACUGCCCAUAGCCUGGAGGAGGGCCAUUACGUCAUUGGGCCAAAGAUAGAGAUUCCGGUACACUAUGCAGGGCAAUUCAAGCUGCUGGAACAAGACAGAGACAUAAAAGAGCCAGUGCAAUAUUUCAACAGUGUGGAGGAGGUGGCUAAAGCAUUUCCUGAACGCGUGUACGUCAUGGAGGAAAUUACUUUCAACGUGAAGGUGGCUUCAGGAGAGUGCAACGAGGACACUGAAGUCUACAACAUCACCCUGUGUACUGGGGAUGAACUCACUCUAAUGGGUCAGGCAGAAAUCCUUUAUGCAAAGACUUUCAAGGAAAAGUCACGACUUAACACCAUCUUCAAAAAGAUUGGGAAGCUCAAUUCCAUCAGCAAACUGGGAAAAGGCAAAAUGCCAUGCCUCAUUUGCAUGAAUCACAGGACCAACGAAAGCAUCAGCCUUCCAUUCCAAUGCAAGGGCAGAUUCAGCACCCGAAGCCCCCUGGAGCUUCAGAUGCAGGAAGGGGAACACACCAUCCGCAACAUUGUGGAGAAAACCAGGCUUCCUGUGAACGUGACUGUUCCAAGUCCUCCACCCAGAAACCCUUACGACCUUCACUUCAUCCGAGAGGGGCACCGCUACAAGUUUGUGAACAUCCAGACCAAGACGGUGGUGGUUUGCUGCGUGCUGCGGAACAACAAGAUCCUCCCCAUGCACUUCCCUUUGCACUUGACCGUCCCCAAGUUCAGCCUCCCAGAACACCUGGUAAAGGGAGAGGUAUGGCCUGAAACCCUGGUCCAUCACUGGCUGGGUAUCUGUCAAGAGCAGUUUGACAUUGAUGAGUAUUCACGGGCCGUCCGGGAUGUGAAGACUGACUGGAAUGAGGACUGCAAGAGCCCCAAGAAGGGCCGGUGCUCUGGCCACAACCACGUGCCCAAUUCCCUCAGCUAUGCCCGGGAUGAGCUCACCCAGUCCUUCCACCGGCUCUCAGUCUGUGUGUAUGGCAACAAUCUCCAUGGCAACAGUGAAGUGAACCUUCACGGCUGCAGGGACCUGGGGGGAGACUGGGCCCCCUUUCCUCAUGACAUCCUGCCCUAUCAGGACUCUGGUGACAGUGGGAGUGACUACCUUUUCCCAGAAGCUAGCGAAGAAUCAGCAGGUGUCCCAGGGAAGUCAGAACUUCCUUAUGAAGAGCUGUGGCUGGAGGAAGGCAAGCCUGUCCGUCAGCCUCUCACGCGCUCUCUGAGUGAGAAGAGCAGAUGUGACCCUUCGAGAGGAUCUGCCCGGUCCAAGUGCGCCACUUCUCCUCUUCCUGUCCCUGAGACUCUGGGAGCCACAAUGAAGUCUUCAGAAAUCGCCCUACCUCCACCUCCAGUGCCUCCCAAGUCUGAAGCCGUCAGGGAAGAAUGCCGGCUCCUGAACGCCCCACCUGUUCCACCCCGAAGCACAAAGCCUUUGUCCACGAGUCCCUCCAUCCCUCCUCGCACAGUCAAGCCAGCACGGCCACAGACUCGCUCUCCCAGCCCCACCUUGUCCUACUAUUCUUCAGGGCUGCACAACAUCAGCUCUACUAAAAGUGACACAAGUCCUUCUGAAAGUGUUCCUGUCUCCUGCUAUCCGUGCAACCGAGUGAAAGCUGAUUCUGUGGACCUGAAAUCCCCAUUCGGAAGUCCUUCUGCUGAGGCCCUGUCCUCCCGGCUCUCGUGGCCUAAUCAUUAUUCAGCCACAUCAGAGAGCCAGACCAGGAGUGACUUCCUGCUGGACCCAAGCAGGAGUUAUAGUUAUCCCAGACAAAAGACACCAGGCACACCAAAGAGAAACUGCCCAGCACCUUUUGAUUUUGAUGGCUGUGAGCUCCUGAGCAGCAACGCCCCCAGCUCAGUCACUGCAGAAUUCAGUAGCAAUGUCUCUGCUUGUCCCAAGUCAGCUAGCUACUCUCUGGAGAGCACAGAGGAGAGUGCUCUUGCACCCGGCAUAACCAAGCAGAGUAUCUCCUGCCCUGCCUUACCCCCCAGGGCCCCAAAGCCAGUGGAACAGAAAGCCGUCCCUGAAUCAUCUCCUUUGCCUCUGAAAAUCGAUGGUGCUGAGGAGGACCCCGAGCGGGGGUCACCGGACCUCUCCGAGGACCAGUAUUUUGUUAAAAAGGGCAUGCAGGACAUCUUUGCUGUCUCUUACCCUUUCUCAUCUCCGCUUCACCUCCAGCUGGCCCCCAGGUCCUGUGGCGAUGGUUCCCCGUGGCAGCCACCCGCGGACCUGUCAGGGCUGUCUAUAGAAGAAGUGUCCAAGUCCUUGCGGUUCAUUGGUCUGUCCGAAGACGUCAUAUCCUUCUUUGUCACCGAAAAGAUUGAUGGGAAUUUGCUUGUUCAACUAACGGAAGAAAUUCUCUCAGAGGAUUUCAAAUUAAGCAAACUGCAGGUGAAGAAAAUAAUGCAAUUCAUUAAUGGCUGGAGGCCCAAAAUAUAGCCAAAUAUCCCCAGCUAGCAUGGGACAGAACUGAUUGGCACGUGUGCCAGGAGGGGGUGGGCUGGGACACAGGUUUCAUGUUUUUGCACUAAAAAAACCUUCUCUGUAAAUAGGGAUAAGAGAAACUCUUACUAUGCAGAUUACAUUUUUGAAUGGUGAACAGGCUAUUUUGUACAUCAAUAAAGAUGCUGUACAGAACACUUAGAGGUGUGCCUUGUACGUCCCUCAACACUCAGCAGCUGCUACCAGAACAAAGGCAUAUUCAGAGAACUCAUUCUUACCCAGUCGGUUUAUGCGAGAAGGUAUGAUAUUUAUUACAAAAUAGCCAAAGCUGAAAGACAUAAGAAUCUUUAAAAAAUAAAUAAAUAAACAUUUUUUUUUUUUAGCAAUUCCCUUCUUUGGGGGAGUUGACUUUAGACAAUUAACUAUAUUCUGUGCUCUGCUGUUUGGAUUGCUUAGUGCUUAUUGUUUUACUCUCGUGCCUGAAAAUGUUAGUGAUAUGAAAUGACACUUUACUGUUAUGCUUGGUGGGGAUCUUUUUAUCUAGAAGCAUUUUCCAAAAGUCAUGUGCUGAUAGGAGAUAGAUGAUGUCCUUAGAAAUAAUACAAAUCAUGACCACAGUAAUUGAUCUGUAACUGCUGCUAAUUUUUAUAGAGCAGAGAAAAAAAAGACACAUAUAUAUAUGUGAGCCUAUGUUUUAAACAUAAUUUUGAGUCUGAUAUUUCAGGUAACAUCUGUUCCCAUUCAAAUAAAUAUCCAUUGAGGUUUGAGGACCUUAAACAAAGUUGAUUAUCUUAGGAAUGGUGGAUGGGAUGAUUCCAAAGAUUCUCCACACCCUAAAUCUUGAAGCUCAGUCUUACUAGGCUUCAUUGCUAAAAACUUUGAACAGACCUGUGAAAUAUCUGUAAUGAAGAAAUUAGUGUGUUUUCAAGCCCAUUACAGGGCCAAUCCUUGCAUACCCAUGCUGGCAUCCAGAGAAAUGACAGUUUCUGUCAAAUGAUAUAAUUCUCAGCUUUGAGGGUCUUUUCCUGGGUGCCUGCCAAUAAUCGGUCCGAAAAGUACUUCUCAGAGUAUGAGGUGUGUCAACACCCUUCUGAGAGCUCACAAAUCAAACAUACCAUCCCUGUUAUUCUAUGCCCUACAUCUGUUGGGUAAUUAUUUUUAAAAUAUCAAUAAAUAUACCUGUUAAUUUCAUACACUUUUUCUUUCCUCUCUUCCAAAGAAAAUACUUGGUCACCAUACUUUUGUUCCAAGAAUUCCAGAAGUCGGACAAUUUUUGCUAAGCAGUGACUAACUAUUCUAGAACAUCAUGGCUUCAUCCCCAUUCUUGACUUUUUGAAGGACCAUUAUUAACCUUAGAGAAGAUUGAGUCCUCUUAUCAAGGCGUCCAGACAGCCCCCAAGUCCGACCCUGGAUCCUGAAUGUGCAGACAGCCUUCGACAGGUGUGCGCUGUCGCCUCUCAGGUCCGGCAGAUCAGCCACUAGGGUGUCAUCAUGCCUUGCAGGAUUGGGUCAUAUUUUAUUGUCUCCUCUUCCUAUUUCCCAAAGUUAAAAAAUAAAUAAGUUAAUUUAAAGACAAGACCCGCCAAUCUGGGUUUUGUAUUUCUGUGAAUUAUGUCUACUAUUUCUUGGCAUUAGUAAGAUGUUUCUAAUGCAUCUGAUGGAAGUAGUGAGGUGAAUCGGUACUUAUUUUAAUUUUCCAUCUCAGAAGUCCUUUAAAAAAGAAAAAAAAAAAACAGCUCUUCAUUCCUAACAUGCCUCCCAAAAUGUAAAUACUAUAUAUACUCCAGGUAAAGAGAGUAACCUAUAAACUGUCAAAUCUGGAGCACCUCUUUCUAAGUAGCUGACAGACGUAUGAAGAAGUUUCCCACAUCACACUCACGUGACCCACAAGACUGUUAUUUAGAAAACAUCCCUCUUAGGAAAUUAACCUCUCAGAAUUUCCCUUUAGGAUAAAAACAGACAAGAUGUGGUUGGAAAGCGGCGCGCUUUCAUUGGUACACCCUUGCUCCCAACAGUUUUUCAGCAUUCAGCACUUGGACACGAUUCUCAAACUCAAAAGCAAGAAACAGGUUUUGUUUGGGGUUUAGUACAAAGGUCACCUCCCAUAACACUUGACUCCAUUUGUCUUUUAUUCUUUUGGAAAAACCUUAUACAAAAUAGGGUCAUUUUCCUUUUGCUCAUUUGUUUUGAUCUUGGUGUAUUCAUGCCAAGUUUAUAUUGAUUGGCAACCUGGAGUCCUCAAGGACAAGGACCUGCCUUAGAUUCAUGUAUUCAUGAUACAUUCAUGGAGCAACUUUUUUGUGCCAGCCCCAAUACCAAAAAAAGACCCAGCCCCUCCCUUCUUGGAGCUCACUUUGUUUAUACUUAAAAUCAAUUGCUGAGACUGUGUAGGUGUGGAUAAGAGAGAUGUGAACUCCUUUGGGCAGCUGGCUGUAUGGAGAGUGAAGUGUGCCCUGUCUUUAAAUAUGCACAGAUGGGAGCAAUGGCAGAUAAGGGUAUUAAAUAAACACCACAAGACUGUUCAAACUUGUAACAUGGAGGCAGAAAGUGUCCUCUCGCUGUCUUGUAUUUUUCUUUUACUGACUUGGAAUUUUGGUUUAAUCCUAAUAAAAAGUAUCUUCUGCAUUUCUAAAAGCCACAAAUGUAACUGUUGUUCUAAUCUGAGCAACUGUCUAGCAUGCCCUUGAUUAGACAGUAUCCACAGCCCCCAAAAGAAUCAUGACAAUAAAUGCCGAGCAGGAAUCUGAAGGAAACAGCCCCUCCUUUCUGAGAGCUGUGAUCUGCAAUGAAAAGCAGUGUGCAGAGGUCCCAUGAGCAGAAUCUUUUCUACCAGCUGGUCAAGACUGAAUGCAUCCUUGUUUGACAGGUCCCUAGGAUCGGAAGAGUGACCAUGGUGUUUGGGGGAAAGUACCUUUUUUUUUUUCCAGUACUUAAAUUCAUGGCUAAAAUCAUCUUCACAGCCCCCAUCAGAAAAGAAAAUCAGCAAUAAACCAAGCCAAGCAGCUGAAACAUAAAAUGACCCAACACAGGAGGAGAACUCAAAACACAGAUCAAUUCCUUCUCAGAGUCUUGUAAACGCCUGCAAGUUGUCUCUUCUUUAAGUUGAGCUGUUCAACUUUAUGAACUGUGAAAUGUACGCUCACACUCUUUGAACCAACCCACAUAUACCAUCCAAGUUUAUGAAGUUGUAGCAGACACCCAUUCAGCUAAAUCGCAGUGUUUAUUCUUGUCUCCUGCAAAAAUCCAGCAAUCUUAUGGGAAAUAUUAUGACAGUCCAUUCCAACCUCUGGCAGACACACUAACAGCCUCUGCUCACAUUCCAGAGCCACCUGCACAUCAGCCACACACCUCCCUGAGAAGUGCAGGGGGUGAGUGUGGAUAGACAGUCUUUCAUUUUCCAAACACUUGGUAUAAUGAGUUGCUACUUGUCUAGCCUAAGUAGUAUAAGGUCGGCAUUCCACAAACGAGAAAGCAAACUAGUUCUCCAAGAACCUAGUGAACUGUUCAAAGAAAAUUUUAGUUUCAAUCUCCCAGAAAAGUUAAAUCUGUUGUUGGACACACAAGGCCUUCAGAAACAUGUCCAUUAUUAUCAAUUUCCACUAUUUUUCUAGUAAUCUUAAGGCUACUAAGGCAAGAAUAGUGAAAAGGCCCAACGUGCAAAUGAUGGCAAAUAGGACUUUCAUACUGUGGGAUGGUUAUACUGUGAGAUUCUUAGGCCGCAUCUGUUAAAUCACAUCAGUCAGUUUUCAAAACUUGGAGUUUUGAAAUUUGUCUCAUUGUGGUAGCCAGAAACAAGGAGUAAAUGCAAUUCCGGUUAAAACUAUAUAUAAAUGUCUAUAUAUAUAUAUCUCCUGUAAUUUUGCUGCUCUAAUUUGUAGCUAUGAAUUUUUGUAAUAGAGCUUAUCAGAUCACAAAGUUUUUUGUUUACAAUCUCAUGUAAUAGGGCUCAGAUAAUUUCUUAACUAUAAACUCCCAUUUUUACAUUCAGUUCCAUUCAAAAUAUUGUUUCAACUCAGCCUAAAAAAAAAAAAAAAAUUCAACUCCAUUAAGAAUUUGGGGAAUUCUCUUCAACUUAAAUGGAGAUGUUGUAUUGUUUGCAGAGAAUUUUGUAACUGUCUUUACAGUUUCUUGGCUUGGAAAACUGAGGUUGUUAACUAUAAGUUAACAGUUGUAUCAUUUUCCAGUGGGCCCAGUGUGUACCUCAAGAUAAACACAGUGUGUUAUGUCUAAAAGAACUCAUUGUCUGUUGAUCUAAAUGGUUCCAAAAUGUCUAUAAAUAAAGAACUUUUCAAAGAU